AUCCCUGACAUUGAAUUCUAUGAUCCCGAUGGCAUGAUGCCAAAGAAGAAAGAGGAACUGUUGCAUUGGCACAGUGAGCAAGUUGCUCGUAAUGUAACCUUUCAUUUCAAAAAAGAAAUGAUUGCCUAUUGCCAAUCUGACGUCGCAUUGUUAAAAGCUGGAUGCAUCAAAUUCCAGCAGGAAUUCCAGUCACAAGCAGGGUUCAAUCCCAUGGCCAAGUGUAUCACCAUCGCUUCAGGAUGCAACCUCUACUGGCGCAAACACCAUUUAACACCCAACACAAUUGCCGUCGAACCUCUCCGUGGAUGGAGAGGUGCGAAUACCAACCAAUCCCUCAAGGCCCUCCAAUGGUUGCACUACCAGGAACAUCAAAUUGCCAAGGAGGGGGCAUCGCCAGACAGAAUCCACCACGUCCGUAACGGGGGCGAACAGUCCGUCCGAACCAUCGCAAACAGCUAUUUCGUCGAUGGCUACGAUCCACUCACCCGUACUGUGUAUGAAUUUCACGGGUGUCUCUAUCAUGGAUGCCCCCGCUGCUAUCCCAACAGGCAAGCAAAGCAUUAUGCCACACCUGAUAGAACCGUGGAGGAACUGUAUCAGGCCACGAUAUGCAAACGCAUGGCUCUUCUCCGAGCGGGGUAUACGGUCAUCGAGAUGUGGGAGUGUGACUGGAACAAGCAAGUCGACACGAAUCCAUUGGUAAAACAUUUUCUUACAUCAUUCGAUCUAGUCGCCCCCUUAGAACCCCGCGACGCCUUUUUCGGUGGACGGACAGGUGCGGUAGCCCUACAUGCCGUGGCGGGGGAGGGGGAGGAGAUACGUUAUACAGAUAUCACCUCCCUCUACCCCUGGGUGAAUAAGAACAGUACCUACCCUGUAGGGCACCCUACCAUCAUCAGCCAACCUGCAGACCAGACUCUGGAUUCAUACUUCGGUAUAGCCACGGUGGACAUAAUCCCUCCCGCAGGCCUCUUCCACCCCGUGUUACCGGUUCGAGCAGGUGGAAAGCUCACAUUUCCUCUAUGCCGUAGUUGUGUGGAAGAGGAACAGGCCAAACCAAUGCUAGAAAGAACGCACUACUGUCAACACACAAACGCCGAACGUACCUUACGCGGAACCUGGUGCACACCCGAACUGUUCAAAGCCGUCGAAAAGGGGUACACCCUCAUCAAGAUCCACGAAGUCUGGCAUUUCCCCCCCGAGCAACGCCAAACGGGUCUUUUCGCCAAUUAUGUCAACACCUGGUUGAAGUUAAAACAAGAAUCAGCGGGGUGGCCCGGUUGGUGUCAGACCCUCGAACAAAAACGAGACUAUAUUCUUCGUUACCAGGAACGAGAGGGCAUUCGACUCGAUAUUGCCAGCAUUGCCAAAAAUCCCGGUCGUAAAGCCACUGCCAAGUUGAUGUUGAACAGUUUCUGGGGUAAAUUCGGCGAGCGUAUCAACAAACCCACCACCGUCACAGUCAAGGACCCCGCCCAUUUGUUCAACCUGAUUUCCGACGCCGCUCUUCACCUCAGUACUCUCCGCAUCUGUACCAACGACAUCUUAGAGGCCGUUUACACCAGCGUCCAAGACAAUGCCGUCAAAGGCACCAAAACCAACAUCUUUGUGGCGGCCUUCACUACGUGCCAUGCUCGGCUCAAGCUCUACGAGUCCCUAGACACCCUCGAGGAACAAAUCCUCUACUAUGACACGGACAGUGUGAUCUACCGAUGGCGUCCCGAUCAACCCUCCAUCGUCACGGGUGAUUUUCUGGGGGACAUGACGGAUGAACUGGACGGGGACAUCAUUACUGAGUUCGUUUCUGGGGGCGCUAAGAAUUAUGGGUAUACGACACGACGGGGCAACGUGGUGUGUAAGGUGAGAGGGUUCACUCUGAACGUCCGAGGCUCGGCCAUCCUCAAUUUUCAGACAAUGAAAGACAAUAUUUUGGCUGAAUUAAAUAACCCACAGGAUCAUCGCCGUACCACCAAUGUGGUAACGCCUUAUUAUUUCAAACGGGAUCUAGAAAAGAAACAAAUUCAAGUGGUGCCGCGCGUGAAGCAGUAUGGGUUGGUGUUCGACAAACGUGUGAUCGAUGAGACCACCCGAUCGAGCCAUCCGUAU